AUGUAUUACUAAUUAGCACAACUAUCUUAUUCUGGUUUACUUUUGUUGCUUCAAAUUUUCUUUCUCUGUAUCAUUAGAAGAAGGAAUUAGAUUAAAAGUUAGGUUUUUUAAGAGUAUAUAUGUUUAAUAAUGUAGACCACAAUAAGUAAAGCAAUCAGAAUUGCAUACAUAGAAGGAUAUAUAAAUGAAGUCUUCAAUUAUGUUAAGUUCUAAGAUUAGGAAAAGUGAUUAAUAUGUUAGACAUAGUAUUUUAAAGGCUGAAGUGAAAGAGGAUCAUCCAGUUUUCGCUAUGGCAAGUAAUUCAAGUGCUUAAUAUUUGGAUGCUAUGAAUAAGGAAUAGAAAUACUAAAAAGAUAAGGUAGAAUCACCUAAUAGUACAAUUUUGUAAAUACAUUCAACGAAAAUAAAAUCUCAAAUUGAAAAUCCAGAGAGUUAAAGAGAUCCUUUAGAAAAGUUAAUUGGAGAAUAAAGUAUUUAGUAAGAUAAAACAGAUAUGAUGAUUUAAUUAGUAUAUUAUGUUGAGCGUAUUGGAUUUGAAUAAGGAUUAAUUUUGUUGCUUUGGAAUUUUGAUUUAAAAUUUUAUAUCUUCAUUCCUAUGUCUUUACUUACAGGAGUUUUGUUGAGAUUACAAGAGUAAAUAGGAUACAGAAUGAUUUAAAUGAUUGUUUUAAUUGUGAUACAUGGAUUUCUUAUACUUGAGAUUUAUCUUAUAAAGACAAAUGAAUAUGAAACAAUUUGUUAUUUAAUUGUAUUUGGAUUUGAGACUAUUUUCAGUGUUAUAUCAAUAAUUUUGCAUAAAAAAUGCCAUUGA